CUGAUGAACAGAAAUGGAUUUAUGAACUAGAUAAAUGACACGAUACUUUUAUAUAUCCUAUAAGUACUAUACUUAUGUUAGCUGAAAGAAAAACACACUUUAAUCUUCUCUAGUUUCAUGUUUUCAAUUACGUUUUUUUUUUCGUUAUUCAAUUAAGACUUCCGGUUCUACUUUCUACCAAUUACUGGUAGUCUAGAUUCGAAUAAAAAAGAAACAAGUACAAAUAGGUCCAUAUAGAUCUAAUAUUUUUUUAUCCGUUCUUCAUUAUAACGACUAUUGUACUGUAACGAUCCAUACGAGAAUAUCAGUUCCAUUGCGCGCGAUGCUCUUUUUAUUUUUCGUGUUAUGUUUCUAUGGAAACUCCUUAAUCUACGCAGUACACCGUCCACCAAGCAUCUACAUACAGCCUACUGAUAAAGACAUUUACUACAAGUCAGGAGAGAAGGUGGAGAUAUCAUGUGCGGCCCAUGGCAUUCCAAAACCAUGGUAUAUAUGGAAACGUAAUGGAAAUGCAUACGAUCCGAGCAGUCAAGAUGGCCGUGUUGUCCAGCUGCCAGACCAAGGUACACUUGUGUUCAACACUACAUUGCCUGAAGACGAAGGUGUAUAUCAGUGUUUUGCCGACAAUGGUUAUGGAGUUUCUGCCUCAGUUAAAUUCAAGUUGAGGAUGGGUAAACUAAAGACGUUUGCUAAUGAACCUAAUCGUACUCACACUGUGGAAGCUGGAAAGGAUUUUACAUUACCAUGUGUCCCACCUCAGAGUGUUCCACCCGCAGAUGUAUUCUGGGUGGUGAGAGAGGCUUAUGGUAGAUUUCAGCCCGUCUACUACAAUAAAAGAAUCAGUAUGGAUCUAGAAGGGAGACUGAGAUUCACGAAUGUGGAGAAGUCAGAUGAACAAGAUGGGCGAGCUUACCACUGUAUGGCUGUCAACAACUUAAUAAGAGCGAGUUCAACCGGACCUGGACAUAUAGUGAAAGUCUUAGAAUCAAAACAGCAAACACACUCACCUCACUAUCUGUGGACAUCACCUAGCGACAAUAUUUUCAUAAAGGGCGAAACGAUGAGGCUCAAAUGUAUAUUUGCAGGAGAUCCCACACCGAAUAUAUACUGGAAGAAAAUUCAGGGAACGUUUUCCUAUCAAGCCAGGUUCAAGAGUUAUGGACAGGAAUUAUACACUGGAAACGUUCAGGAGUCAGAUGCUGGACAGUACAUGUGUAUGAACCAGAUCGAAGAGUCGACUCAUGUUAUUGCCAGAACCUUUCAUGUCAGAAUUGAUUCUGCACCAUAUUGGGUACAGGAACCUAAGACUGUUGAAGCCAGAGUCGAUGAUGAGGCAACAUUUGUCUGCGAAGCUGACGGCGUUCCAAAACCAAAAUAUACUCGGUACAUCAACGGUGUUCCCCUUGAAGGAGUUCGAGAUCCACGUGUUUUCAACAACAGCAGAAUCGUCAUGAAAGACACAAAUACAUUAAAACUGACUAAACUGACUCUGGAAGAUCACAUGAAUAUUCAGUGUAACGCCAGUAACAUCCAUGGAUACGUGUUCUCUGAUGUUUACCUCAAUGUCUACCGUAACCUAUCGGGUGAAAAGCCAACUAUCAUCAAACACCCUCCAGCGGAGAUUAAGGUAGCAGAAAGUAGACCUGUAACCAUAGACUGCUUAGUCAAGGGUGAACCAUACCCAAACGUCACUUGGUACAAAUCUAGGCAGCAAAUCGGUUUAGGAUGGUAUAAAUUUAUGCCGAAUGGGAGCUUGUAUAUUUCGGAAGCAAGAUUUGAAGAUGCUGGUGAUUACCACUGCAAUGCUAAGAAUAUUUAUGGUAAAGUGACGUCAUCCGCGUGCAAAUUAUUAAUCAGGCGAAAAACAAAGAUUGAACAAUUUCCAUUAGAUAUGGUAAUACGCGCGGAAGAAAAUGUCAGAUUCACCUGCUCAGGAUCUACUGAUAUUAAUGAAGUGGCAAAUAUGGAGACGUACUGGGAGAAAGAUGAUAAACGUGUGUCGACAAAUGACUCUAGAAUAAUACAAGACAUCAAGAACAGUACAUACCGAUUGACAAUAUGGGGAGCAAAUGUCAGGGACUCAGGAGUGUACACCUGUAUAGUAACGAAUGGAUUUGAUGAAGACAGAGCAUCUGCUGUUUUGACUGUUAAAGAUCGCCCAUGUCCGCCAUCAUUGGUUGAACUAAACAGAUGUCUUGAUUUUUCCGCCGACAUUACAUGGACAAAAUGUAUCGAAUACAAUAUUCCAGUUAAUAAUUUCAUUAUCCAGUACAACUCUUCGUUUAAUCCCGGCCAGUGGGUCUCGGCAAAAACUGUAAAUAACACACAGAACACGACCACUAUUUCCCUCACGCCAUGGAAUAACUAUACGUUCAGAGUAGUCGCGACAAACGAGCUUGGUGAGAGUCCAAGUUUCCAUACGACUGCGGUUUGUAGUACACCUGCUGCUGAACCGGACAGAAAUCCACAGAACGUCAGAUCUAUUGGGGACACAAGAAACAUGCUCAAAAUUCAAUGGACUCCAAUGAACGAGUGGGAACAUAAUGGCCCUGGGUUUAAAUAUCAACUAACUGUAAAGGAGCACGGAAGUACAAUGCCGUAUACAUAUAUCAUAGACAACUGGGAAACUGAUACAAUGGAAAUACCAGUCAAUAGGCCGUACAGACCAUAUCUGGUUAAACUACAAGCUAAAAACAGUCUUGGAACUGCAAAGGAAGAUCCGACCGAAUAUACACUGUACUCCUUUGAAGGCGUUCCAAAUGCGUGGCCGGUGGAGGUUAACGUCACUGAUGUAGGUAAUACAUUUGCUACAGUAACUUGGACAUGGAAUUCAUUUUGGCAAGAAGAACAAGGAGAGAUGACUCAGAUUCUGGGUCAGUUGAAAGGCUUUAGAAUCCAGUACUGGCGUACCAAUGAGAAGUUGAGCACCUUUCGGGAGGUUGAUGUUCCUGUCACAGAAGUUAUGUCAAGACAAGUUCAACCACCAGGCACGCUGAUAUCAUCAACUUACCUGCUGAAGAAUCUUUCACAAUAUAGUAAUAUGCAAAUCCAAGUGCGUGUCUUUAACAACUUUCACGUCGGCCCUCCAAGUGGUACCAUAGAUUUUUAUACAUUUGGAGGAGUUAACCGUCCACCAAAAAUCUACAAACAGUCUGCACAUUAUGAUAUAUACUACAAAGCAGGAGAAACAGCGGAGAUAAUGUGUGCAGCUGAUGGCAUUCCAAAACCGAAGUAUCUGUGGAAACGUAAUGGACAACCAUACAAUCCAAAUGGUCAUGGUGAUCGUAUUGUACAGCUGAAGGGUGAAGGUACUCUCGUGUUUUACAAUCCAGAGGGUAGAGACGAGGGUAUAUAUCAGUGUUUCGCAGACAAUGGUUUAGGAAUCUCUGCCUCUAUUAAAAUCAACUUCAAAAUGGCUAAACUAGAGAGUUUUGCUGAAGAAACUGGGAUGACCCAACAAGUACAUGAAGGAAAUCAUUUGACAUUGCCGUGUAUCCCACCCCAGAGUUAUCCGCCCGGAAAGGUACACUGGGUGUGGAAGAAACCUGAUAUGGAAUGGCAGCCAAUCUACUUGAGUAACAGAGUGAGCAUGGAUCUUGAAGGGAGACUCCGAUUCGCAAAUGUGAUUAAGGCCGACGAACAAGGUGGAAAUGCGUACCACUGUAUGGUUAUCAACAACAUGUUGCGAAACACUCGAGUUGGUCAAGCACAUUUUGUGGAAGUCUUAGAGCCAAAAGAACAAAGACACCCACAUCACGUGCUGUGGACGUCACCAAGCCACAUGUUAUUCGUCAAAGGAAGCACGCUCAUACUCAAGUGUAUUUUUGCUGGAAUUCCCACCCCAGAUGUAUACUGGAAGAGACUUCAGGGAACUUUACCUGAAAAAGCGGUAUUUAAGAGUUUUGGACAGGAAUUACACAUUGAAAACAUCCAGGAGUCAGAUGCUGGACAAUACCAAUGUGAGUCUCGUAACACAGGAGAAACUACGCCGAGUGCAUAUAAAUCAUUUGAUAUUAUAAUUGAAUCUGCACCGUAUUGGGUAGAGGAACCUGUGGAUGUUGAAGCCGGUGUCAAUGAAGAAGCAACUUUUGUCUGCAAAGCUGACGGCAUUCCAAAACCUGAUUAUACUUGGUACAUCAACGGUGUUCCACUUGAAGAACCAAAUAAGAGUGGAUUUCAAGAUCCGCGUAUCAGCAAUAAGAGAUUCUUCAAGAAAGACGAAAACAGUUUAAACCUGACAAAACUGACCUUAGAAGAUCACAUGAAUAUACAGUGUAACGCCAGUAACAAACAUGGAUAUGUGUUCGCUGACGUCUACCUCAAUGUACUGCCUCAGAUUCCAACUAUCAUGAAACAUCCACCAGCGGGGAUAAAUGCAACAGUAGGUAGACCAGUGACUAUCAGUUGUUUAGUGACAUGUAAACCUUACCCAACAGUCACAUGGUACAGAGAUGAAAGUCUAAUCACUGGAGAACGGUUUCAUAUUUUGCAACAUGGGAACCUGCAAAUUCAGGAUGUGAUGUUAGCAGAUGCUGGUGAUUAUCACUGUAUUGCACGGAACAUAAAUGGCGAAGUGACAUCAUCCACGUGCAAGUUACAUGUCAGACGAAAAAUUAGAAUUACACAGUACCCGCUGGAUCUGGAAGUUACCGCGGGCGAUAAUGCUGUAUUUACAUGUUCUGGAUCUAUUGAUAAUGGCGAAGAGGGUAACAUUAAAGUGUACUGGGAGAAAGAUGGACAACGUCUAUGGACCAAAGAGCAAAGACUGACACAAAAUUUGUGGAACAAUUUACUGACAAUUUCGGAAACCAGAGGCAGAGACUCAGGGGUGUACACUUGUAUAAUAACGGACGGGUUUGAUGAAGAGAGAGCCUCCGCUAGUUUAACUGUUAAAGAUCGCCCAGAUCCUCCAUUAGUGGUUAAAAUAGAAAGAUGUGUCGAUAAUACCGCCGAUCUUAAGUGGAUCAAUGGUAAUGAAAACUAUGUCACAGUCCAGAAUUUCAUUGUACAGUACAAUACCUCUUUCAAUCCCGACCAGUGGAUUUCGGCAAAAACUGUAAAUUACACGCAGACAACGGCCACUAUUCCUCUUUCGCCAUGGGCAAACUAUACAUUCAGAGUGAUAGCUACAAAUGAAAUUGGUGCCAGUUCUCCAAGUUUUCAUUCGAACACAGUGUGUCGUACACAUCCAGCUCCACCUGAUAGAAAUCCGAAUAACGUCAGGUCUGUCGGAAACUCAAAAAACAAGCUCAAAAUACAAUGGACUCCAAUGAACGAGUUGGAACAUAAUGGCCCUGGAUUUAAGUAUCAACUGAUGUUAAAGGAGCAUGGACGACCAUUUUGGUAUUCCUAUAUAAUAGACAACUGGAGAAAUGAUACCUUUGAAAUACCAUCGUAUAAGCCGUACACACCAUUCCAGGUUAAACUAAUGUCCGUGAAUGCUCUGGGAGAUGCAAUGGAAUAUCCGACAGAAUAUACGCUGUACUCUUUUGAAGAUAAUCCAAAAGUUCGGCCAAUGGAUGUUAAAGUUACAGAUGCAGGUAAAACAUUUGCUACAGUUAGCUGGAAAUGGGAUUCUUUAUGGCUUGAAGAACAAGGAGAGAUGACUCAGAUACAGGGUCAGUUAAAAGGAUUCAAGAUCGAAUAUUGGCGUACCAACGAGAAGGGAAGCACAUUCCGUGAGGUUGUAGUUCUUCUAGAAGAAGUUAUGCCAACAGAUCCACCACUAGGCAACGCAAUGAUAUCAUCCUCCUAUUUGUUAAGGAAUGUCUCACACAGCAGCAAUAUGGAAGUCCAAAUACGUGUCUUUAACAACUAUUACUCCGGUCCUCCAACUGACCCUGAAGGAUUUGCUACAUUAGAAGGAGGAAACCGUCCACCAAAAAUCAAUAUACAGCCUUCAGUUAAAGACAUUUACUAUCGUGUAGGAGAAUCAGUGCAGAUAAUAUGUGAAGCUAAUGGAAUUCCAAAACCAAGGUAUCAAUGGGAACGUAAUGGAAGGAUCUACGACCCAAACUACCAUGGUGACCGUGUCGAACAAGUUGCUGGUAAAGGUACCAUCGUGUUCAAACGUGCAGAAUAUCGAGAUGAGGGUGUAUAUCAAUGUUUCGCCAUUAACGGUUUUGGAAUAUCUGCAUCAAUCAAAAUCAACCUGAGAAUGGCUAAAAUUGGGAGGUUUGCUCAUGAAUCUGGAGUAACACAUCGUGCACAUGUAGGAGAGGAUCUGACAUUACCAUGUGACCCACCCCUAAGUGACCCACCGGCAAAAGUACAGUGGGUGCGGAGAAGUUAUGAUGACUGGUCGCCCAUCCACCUGGACGAAAGAGUCACCAUAGAUAGUGAAGGGAGACUCCGAUUCACAAAUGUGCGGAAGUCAGAUGAAUUAUAUGGACAAGCGUACCAUUGUUCGCUUAUGAGCACUUAUUUGGCAAUCUAUAUAAUUGGACCAGAACAUUUUGUGGAAGUCAUAGGCUCAACAGAACAUACUUACGAACCUCACGAGCUUUGGACAUCACCUAGCGACCAGAUUAUACUCAAAGGGGAGACGCUAAAGCUGAAAUGCAUUUUUGCCGGAAAUCCAACGCCAGAUGUAAACUGGGAGAGAGUUGACGGAAUUUUGUCCGAUCGCGCCACAGUUUAUAGCUUUGGACAGGAAUUAUCCAUCACUAACGUUCAGGAGUCGGAUGCCGGAAAGUACGAGUGUACAGGUCAGAACACAGAGUCCACACAGAAAGCAACAAAAACUUUUCAUGUUACAGUUGAAUCUGCACCUGUCUGGGUACAGGAACCUGUUGAUGUAGAAGCCAGAAUCAAUGGUGAUGCCACGUUUGUCUGCAAAGCAGAUGGCGACCCGAAACCAGAUUAUACAUGGUACAUCAACGAUGUUCCUCUUGAAGAUGCACAAAAACAGAUCAUGAAAGACGAAAACACUGUAACACUGACCAAUCUACGCGUGGAAGAUAACAUGAACAUUCAGUGUAACGCCAGUAACACACAUGGAUAUGUGUUCUCCGAUGUCUACCUCAAUGUGUUUGAUAGUGAUUGGAAUUGACCUAAGUCGUUUUAUCUGUGAAGAAGUCUUAGUCAGUUUAUCUGUGGAACGAUGAUCAGCCAUUACGUCUUAAUAUAAUAUCAUACUCUUAGAUGCUUUUAUAUUUGCCUAUGCUUAUAUUGCCUUUAUUAACAGAAUUUAAAUAUUUGUAAUAUAAAUUUAAUUGUCAUAGUCUGAAUAGCUGCAUAAGUAGUGUCUAAAACUUUUUACACUACAAAAAGUGUUUUAUGUCCACCACCCCCUUCGAAGAAGAAGGGUUGUUUACUUGCUAUUUGUCCAUCUGUCUGUCGUAGGUAGACUAUUAAGUUAUCAAUAAACACGUAGAGAACGAU